AUGUUUCCCAGCAUGCUCGGCUCCCGUGGCCGAGCGUACCUGAUGCUGGUCAUCCUGUCGGUGCUCUACAGAGGUCCCGUCUCUAACAUCCAGCGUAACGUGGAGACAGCGGCUCUGUCUCUGAGCUGCAAUCUGGAUCUGCAGGUUCGUCACAGCCGGUUGUUGUGGAGAAACGCCAUCAAACCGUUCGUCCUCAUCACACAGGAGCUGAUGGACGAUGAAGCAGAGUUUCAGUCUGAAGCUCUGAGCGUCAACAGGAACUUUCAGAACAUCAGAGACGAAGUCGUCCUUCAGUACGGAUACGACCGGUUCAAACCAAAACACGCCGCCGCCGGCAACAGCACGCAGGAGCAGUUCACCUCCAAGACCAUGAUGCAGUGCGACAGUGUGGUGGACGAGGGCGUGCAGCGAUGUGCUGAUUGGUUCAGCCAGAGGUGGGCGGAGUGUAUGGAGGCGAUCCCUGUCCCCAUCAUCAACCACGUCCUCUGCGUCUCUAUGAAGUUCCACUUCCUGUGUGGUGUCAUGAGAGUGAUGACUCCGUGGUGCAGAGAGCAGAUCCCUGUGGAGGGAAACUUCGGUCAGCUGUUUGAUCAGCUGAACGUUUCAGUCGACCUUCUGUCCAGAGAGUUCAGCACCAAGAUCGUCCUGCAGGAGCAGCAGCAGCAGGAGGUGCUGGGUGGAGCUCUGCUGGAUCAAGAGUUCACUGAGGCUGUUCGAGGAUCCUUCCUGAGACUGACGACGACCAUGAAGCAGCUGCUGAACGUCCUGCAGCUGCUGCUCUCCUUCACCUUCAUCACCAUCUUCACCCAGGGGUUCGGUUACCUCCGUCAGUACAGCAGCGACGUUCGAUUCGACAACGUCUACAUCACCACCUACUUCAGACAGAUUGACGCCCGCAGGAGGAGAGCGGGGAAGAGCUUCCUGUUGCCUCUGAAACAGUCGGAGAAGAAGAAGUUCAUCGCCCCGUGGAGUCCGAGGAUCCAUCCUGAAGAGCUCAAAGAAGUGACCUCAGGUGUGUUUCAGGUGCUGUCUGUCUCUCUGCUGUCUGUCCUCCUGCUGACUGUGGACUUCUCUCUGUUCCACGUUCUGGACGUCGUCAGCAGACACACCUUCACCCAGUUCAACAUGACCAGUAGUCACCAGGUGGACAUUAAAGUGGGCGGAGCCUCUAUGAUGGCCCGCCUCCUGAGGAAGACGGUGUCGGCCUUCAACAGCUCGUCCAGCCUCAGCAUCCAGACGGACAACCGGGUGUGUGUGUGUCCCCCCUCCCCCCUCCCCUCAGGUGUGUACAUCAGCUGUGUGUGUUGUGUCCUGUUGGUGGCGCUCUUCAGCUGCCUUCAGGUUUACAGCAACCGCCUCCGCCGCGUCAUCGCUGCCUUCUACCACCCACAGAGGGAGAAGAGGCGUGUCUUGUUUCUCUACAACCUUCAGAUCCAGAGACGGACUUCCUCCUCAGACAGGAAACGCAUCAUCAGCAGCCGGAGAACGGUGUUUCAGUCUCUGACCAGGUGUCUCCAUCGACAACAGGAAGAGUCGGACUCAGAGACAAACUACGGCCCGGCGUAGACCGGGACAGGAA